AUGGUCAAAGGUAGCUCUUCAAUCAGGGGCGGAGCUACAGCUUGUGAAGGGUGGUCAGAUGAACACUCUUCGUCGAAAAAAAUUUUCAGUGUAAGUGCAGAUGCAGCUUAUUGUUUGCCUUGUUAUUUAUUUCAAGGCAAAAAUAUUCAUCAAGGUGGUGGUAAUACAUUUUUGACAAAGGGAUUUAGAAAUUGGCACAGAAAAGAUAGCUUUGCAACACAUAUUGGUCCUCCGAAUAGCAUUCAUAAUCAAUCAAAAAGAAAGUGUGAAGAUCUUAUAAGGGAAGAACAAUCUAUUGAGGCUGCAUUUUACAAGUUGGACGAGAAAAGUAAGAAUGAAUAUCGAGUUCGGUUAAAUGCUUCAAUCGGUAUGGUCCGAUUUCUUCUAAAUCAAGGUUUAGCACUUUGCGGUCAUGAUGAAAGUGAAUCAUCCUUGAACAAAGGUAAUUUUAUUGAAGCACUUUCUUGGCUUGCGGAUAGAUAUGAUGACAUUAAACCUUAUGUGUUAGAAAAAACUCCAAAAAAUAAUAAAAUGAUUUCUCAUGAUAUUCAAAAAGAUAUUGUGACUGCAUGUAAGAUUGAAACAAUCAAAGCUAUAAUAAAUGAUUUAGAUGGUGACUUCUUUACUUUGUUGGUUGAUGAAUCAAGAGACGUAUCACGCAAAGAGCAAAUGGCUAUUUGUUUACGAUAUGUUGAUAAAAGGGGAUUUGUGAUAGAAGCAUUUAUUGAACUUGUUCAUGUUAAAGAUACUAGUGCUUUAUCUUUAAAGAAAACAAUUGUGGAUGUACUUGCUCACCAUUCUUUAACUUUAGCUUAUGUACGAGGGAAAUGUUAUGAUGGGGAAAGCAAUAUUCAAGAUUCUCUUGUUGAAAAUGCAAGUACUUCGGAAGAAAAGGCUAGCGCAUCGGGAUUUCUCAGAAGUUGUCAAACUUUUGAGACUGUUUUCUUGUUGCAUUUGAUGACUGAUGUUUUAGGAAUCACAAAUGAUCUUAAUGUGUCAUUACAGAAAAAGGAACAGAAUAUUGCUAAUACCAUAAUUCUUCUACAAGAACUUAAUGACCGUUUUAAUAAGGUGACAAGUGAUUUGCUUAAUGGUGUAGCUUUCUUGAAUCCAAUUGAUACAUUUUCUAGUUUUGACAUCCAAAAGAUAUUGGUGAUGGCUAAACUAUUCUUCAAUUUAGGCGGACUUGGGGAACUUUCAAGAAAGUUGGUUGAGACAAAGAAGCACUUAACCUAUCCUCUUGUAUUUCUUUUAGUGAAGUUUGCUUUGCUUCUACCCGUUGCCACUGCAUCAGUUGAAAGAGCUUUUUCGGCAAUGAAGUAUAUCAAGAAUGAUUUGCGGAAUCGAAUGGAUGACGAAUUCUUAGAUGGUUGCAUAGUGCCUUAUGUAGAAAAAAGAGUAUUUAAGAAUAUUUCUAAUGAGUGUAUUAUAGAAACAUUUCAAGGGAUGAAGCGUCGCCGAAUGCACUUGUAA